AUGAAAAAGCAAUUCUAUCUAUUAUUCAUUUCUGUCUUAUUACAUCAAACAUUUGCAUCAUUUUGUGGUUCAACCGGUGUACCAUUUAGUUUCGAAGUUCUUCCAUCAGGUGCACCGGUACUUGGUUGCGCCCAACCAACAUGUAUUGCAAGUUUAAAAGGCAAAAAAGAUAAUAGCAAAUUUUUGGUAAAUGCAAACGGACAAGCCGAUGGAUUUAUGCGCGAGGAUGAUAAGGAUAAUAAAGUAUACAAUGAUCCUUAUGGCAAUAAACUUAUUGCUAAUUGUUCCGGUCAAUUUUCUGAUCUAUCAUGCUUACGAAAAGAUCAAUGGGUUGGAGGCAUUGAAUACAUUGACCAUCCACGACAACCACUAAUCCUGCAAUGUUGCACGUUUCCCGGAUUACGAUUUUCACAAGAUGUUGGCCUAACAAAUGUUGGCCCUGGUGAAGCGAUCACCGGUGGUGAAGUAAUUAGAGAUGGACGGCAAAUAAGCUUCGAUGUGAUAGCCAAUGUCCGGAAAGUGGUAGAUGCCGACACACAUAUUGUUUCAUACGAAGUUAGUGUACGACGAAUGCAUUGCUUACCAGAUCCACCGGAACCAGUUGUCAAUUAUUUCGAAAAAGAAGUCAGUGAUGAAAUAACGAAAGUAUUGACAACAGGAACCGAUCUUCCAAACUUUCGAGAGGAAAAAACAUUAAAAAAGGAGAAACCGGAAGAAUUACAAGGCAGAAAAGCAUUCACAGAUAUUACUGCUUAUAAAACUGACGAGAAAAAACAAUACAAGAAAAUCGAAUUCGAAGAGAAGGAAAGUGUCGAAAGAUAUGUGCCGAAUAAAGGUGAAGUAAUGCAGAAGAGAGGAGAAGAUGUUACAGCAGAAAUAACACUGAAACCAAGCACUACUCAAUCAUUGGCUGUUCCACUAAGUAGCCGUAAAUCGAGAAUUGGUUUAGAUAAUAUUAGAAACGGUUUCUCGGGUGAGAAUGGCAUGGGUUUUGCUGAUGCUAAUAGCCCAGUAAUUCGGAACGAACCGAAAGCAUUUGCUCAACAACAAUUAAGUGUAUUCGGCGAAAAACCACCUCAGCUACCAUUUCGAGAACCCGAAUUUGGCUUUGAACCCCUCCAAAAGCAAACAUCUAGCCAAAGUUCUCAACCGAAACAAAGUCAUAAUCCUCAACCGUGCGCAGCACAAUGUCAGCAAACAUCGUGCUACCCACAGAGAUGUAACCAAGGUUUAGAUACAGUUUUCGGGAUUCCAACACUUGCUCCUCCACUCUUCUCUCUAACUUUUCCAACCUUACCCGCACUUGGCUUUCCAACUGUAGCACCACAAACAUUUCAACCAUUUAUAGCUCAAACUUAUCCCACCAUAGCUCCACCAGCUUUUCAACCACCGCUUCAUUCUGCUCCCGGUUAUUUUGAUCCGUUUAAUUUCGGUCAUACUGCUUCAUUCAACUCACCACAAUAUUUUUCCCCUAAUAAUAAGAGAAAUGUUAAUGCGAAUGGCAGAUUGAUGCAAUUUUCAAUCGCUCCAACAGCUUACAGUUCUACUACACCUGCUUCGAAUGCAAUCUCAAUAGAACAGCCAGUGGUACAUUCCAGUAAACCAGUUAAUUUCCUCGGUAAUCAACCUGUUAGUAGCCAAGUCACAUUAAAGCCAUUGUCAACAUUUGAAGAAUUCAUGGCAAGACUUGGCUAUCGUAAUUUAAGCCUCGCUACAUUAGCACCACCCGGACCACUAGUAUUUCCUGAUUUCACGGUAGCAACUCCGUUCCCUGUUCUUUCACCUUUAUUGUACGCUACAACUAUUGCUCCCGAAAGUCAAGCUCAAAUGUUCAUUCCAAGAUCUGGCGCUCGACCAUCUCAACCAGUAUUGUAUGUACCACAGCAAUGGUCAGCAACAGAUUUAGAUGAUACAACACUACAACGAACUGGUUUACGACAGCUCUGA